AUGUCUGGCUCCUACUGGUGCGUCGUCGGCAACAAGUGUGGCAGGGUGAUCUCCAACACCACCGUCGUCCUCACCAGAUACAAACUUGAGAAAAAAAAUUUCGGGGCUCGAACAGUCGAAGUUAUGGAGGGUAAAAGUUUGAAAUUGAAAAUUGACGACUACUUUCAAUCCAGUGAAUUCAAGCACGCAUGGGGCAUCAACAAAUGGCCCAUCAAGGCGAGCCCCUUCGAUCGUCACCUGCCGAUGGGCCGAAGACUUGGCGUGGAUCUCUUCGGAAACCUUCAUUUCGCAUACGUGCUUCAGAGCGACAGCGUCCUGGAAAACUUCGUUUACAAGAGCCUCACGUUCGACCUCUUCGAUGACGCCCACAUCGGAGGCAGCUACACUUUUCUCAACGUCACAAAAAAUCCGAAAGGCAUCGUCCCAUUUCCUCCCAAGUUGGCUUUUGCAACCAGCUCCAACAUCGUUGCCUUGGAAGGAGAGAACAAAACGUUGGAAUGUUUCUUCUACGGAUAUCCCCUCCCUGAGUACAAGUGGUCGUUUGUGGGCCACAAGGAUUGGGACGACCGUCGUUACUUCACUAGCAGCGAGACAAAUUUGACGUUGUUGGAUGUGAGGGCAGAGGACGCGGGCACCUACACCGUCGUUGGAAGCAACCACCUGGGCAGUGGAGAGUGCGUCUUCCAUGUUUCUGUUGAGGCUUUUCCACGUUUUAAAUUGGAGCACGAUAGUCCAAAGAACAUGAACUUGACAGAGGGGCAGGACGUGGUCAUCAACUGUGCCCCCUUUUCUUUGCCUCCACCCUCCAUCCAGUGGAUCAUUAAUGGACGCAAUGUUGAUGCACACGACCUGCCACCAAAUGUCGAAAUGGCUGCCAACAAAACUUUCUUGAAAAUUAAGAAACUGUCAAAAGAUGGCAGAGGUUCGGAGAGCAUGGUCGUACAAUGCAACGCAACGAACAAGCACGGCUACAUGUUGAAGGCUGGCUACAUCAAUGUCCUCAGACGAACGAAAAUUGUGGUGGAUGAAGAAGUGGUGUACACUGAGACUCAAGAAUCCUCGUCAUCAUCAUCUUCCUCAUCAAAAACAUUUGAAAUCUCCGGAUCAUCUGAAUCGUCAGGAUCAUCAUCAACAGGAUCGUCAGGAUCAUCGUCACCAUCAUCGUGGUCAUCUGGUAAAUCACCAUCAGCAAACGUUCCACACGAUCCUUCAUAUUCGCCACCAGACUCACCUUAUCUACCACCACCUCACUCACCCCUGUCACGACAACCUUCAACGACUUCAAUACCGCCUAUGCAAAAUGAUAAAGAAGAAAAAGAACUUAAGUACAAAUGCAAAGGUGUUUACGAUCCUGCUACCCCCUCCAAACCAAAGUGGUACCAACUUCGGAAGAACAUUUCAGAAAAUGGCAGCAAACAAGCAAAUGAUUAUGAAGAACUAACGGCCUCUGAUCCUCCUCACAUAAUGCUGUAUGAAGAGAUGGAAGGGAAUGUUCAAGUCAGUCGACUGGUUCUGAGGAAGGAGAAGAACACGUCGUGGGCUGGCCUGCCGCACAGGUUCAAAUGCAUCGUCGAUAAUGGCUACACGAAGGAUGAGAAGGUGGUUGAUGUCUUCGAUCCUGAAGCUCUUAAACCUGCUGUUGAUGACAAGGAGCGGAAGAACGGAAAUAAUCCAGAAAAGGAAUUAUGCGACCAGGAGUUCAAGUCCUACAGCAGAGAUGACACAGAAAGCAAGUUCCAAAGUAAAAAGUUGAUGACGGCAGAUGGCUACGUUCUCAGCGAUGAUGACGACAUCAGCCUGAAUGAUUACGGACUGUCGGAUGGAGGGAGGUUCACGGAGGAUGGAUCCUUCGUGGGGGCCUACGUCAUCUCCCCGGGCACCAGGAGUCUCAAGAUCAGGAAGGAGAUCGUCAAGGAUCACUAUCCCAAUAAUCUGUACGUGGGACAAAACAUCCAUUCAAGCAGCGGAGUCUUCUACACAAUGCCCCCCUCCUAUCGAGAGGAAUCUAUGCCGGCCCAACAAUUUCAGCACCAGCAACAACAUUCCUUCGAACAACAACAACAUUUCAUUCAGCCUCAAGUGGCUCAUCAACAGCACUACAUCGUCGACCACAGCCAGUCAACCCUAGGUCAACCACAACACAUCCUCAUUGAUCAACAGAAUGUAUCAAACGUCCAACAUGUUGCAGUUCUUAAGCACGAGGUUCAACAACAACAACAACAACAACAACAACAACAACAUCAGUUUGAUCACGGACAACCAGAUUCGCAACAGUUCAUGAUGAUGAUCCAUCAACAACAACAUCAUCAACAACAACAACAAGAGGAACAUGAAGAAGAAGGGAAGAAGCCAACGUAUCAAUCAUGCCUCGACAUCAGCAGCAACAAACCAGCGGCUGACAUGCCAGAGUACCAUACAUUCACCAAAACUACAAAAAUUGUUUAUUCCUAG